AUGCUGGCUCAUUGGACAAUUAUAGAAUGGGCUCAAAUCCAGAAAACUUGUCCAGAAUUCACGCCAAAUCAAUGGGACAUCGUUUUAGCUCUAAUUGCGUUUGUCGGUGUUGUGUUAAGUGUGAUUCUAAGAAUCAAAUUGAAAAAAGAAACGAAAGGAUCCUUAUUUUUGUCACAUCUAGCGGAAGUGGACUGUGGAUUCUGUCUUCUUUAUCUCUGGAUGUACUCGUUUACAAGUGCAGCAAUAUAUUUAAAAAAUUACGUUUGUUUAUCCUUUUUCAAAUUUAAAUUCCUGUAUUAGAAAUUGAAAACUUCAGGUAAUGGCACAAAUACGCAUACGGAUUCAUAUUGAAAUGAAAAUUAUAAAAGACUUAUUGUAAAAUUGCUGUCGUUCUUCUCAUGUUCUGUAUCAUCUUCGAAAAGUUCCUUUGGACUUGUUCUUCGAGAACUCGACAAACGUGGAAAGCAUUUACAAUUGGAAAAUAUAAAAAAAGUAGUUGAAAAAAACUUAAGAUUUUCAGCAUUACUCUGAUGUUCCGUUCUGUGAUUUAAUGUUUCGUCCAGUUGGUUCAAAUUCUCUGUUUUUCCGCUUCCCACAACAGUAUGUAUUUCCAUUAGCCUCAAUAAUUGCCGUGGUUUUGACUUUUAUAUUUGCAUUGCUCACUCUGUGCAGAAUAUGUCGCGUUAGUGAGGGAGAAAAACCUUUAAAUCAGGAAGAAGUUGAUUUGGCAAAUCUUGCAGAGGAAACUCCUAGAUUAACUACUGGCAAAACCAAGAGAUCAAUCAUAUGUAUGCUCGCUGUCUACUUCACGUUCUUUGUUCGUGCAUAUUGCUACUGUGUCUACAUAAAUCCUCAUACAACACAUAUUUUCACUUAG